GGAGUUAUGUAAGUUUCUCCCUGGAAGAGGGCAGGCGGGCGAGAAGAAGAAGAGAAAGAGAGGAGGGGGGAGGAGGAGAAAAGAAAGCCAGGUCCCCCCUCUUUCCCCCCGUUCCUUCCUUCCUGGCCUUGGGAAGAGUUCUCCUCCGCGUCCUCCUCCUCCCCUCCCGCGCCAAACCCACAUUAGGGGCGGGAUUCCCGUCCGCACGAUUUGCACGCGAGGGAGAGAAACGGGAAGGCCGCGCUGAGAGCCUGGCUGCUUCUGCCUCACCAGUUGCAUUGGCGGCCCCCUGUUGGAGCGCGGCGGCAUCGGUGGCCUGGAUUGCGAGCCCUGCUGCAGGCCUCGGACGGGCAGGCCCUUUCCCUCCAGGAUGUCUUCCUCGGGGCAGACGUCACGCCGGCAGUGGUGCUACCUGUGCGACUUGCCCAAGAUGCCCUGGGCCAUGAUCUGGGACUUCAGCGAAGCCGUCUGCCGGGGUUGCGUCAACUUCGAAGGCGCCGACCGCAUCGAGUUCCUCAUCGAGACGGCCCGGCAGCUGAAGAGGAACCACGUCUUGCAGGAAGGCCGCUCGCCGGGGCCCCAGGGUGCCAAGCAUGCCAAGGAUGGAGGCGGUGGAGCCGGCGGGAGUGGCAGUGGCAUGGCCUCCUUGGAGAGAUACGAGCGGGGCAGCGGGCGUCUCUCCGGGGGCGAAUACGCGCUCAGCCCGCGCUUGCCCAACGGUUUGGCUCGUGGCUCCGGCUCCGACGAGGGCGAAGGCAGUCGGCAAAGCCCCACGGCCCGGCGGGCGUUGCUCGGCCCGGUGCCCCCCAAUUUGGUCCCGCAAGGGCUGAUGGCCGGGCCCCAGGGCCUGCUAGCCGCCGUCUCCGGGUUGGGGGCUCGUCCGGGAAUCAUGGCAUCGCCAAUGCUAGGCGAGUUAGCCAAGCCGGCGAGGCUGGUGUACGGCGACUACGAGAAAGAGAAGCAGCGCAACAGCGAGUGCUUGGCGGAGCUGAACGAGGCCAUGCGGGGCCGGGCGGAGGAGUGGCACGGCAAGCCCAAGGCGGUGCGCGAGAGGCUGAUGGCGCUCUACGGCUGCGCCCCCUUCAACGUCCGCUUCAAGAAGGACCACUCGCUCGUCGGGAGGAUCUUCGCCUUUGACGCCACUCCCCGGCCCAGUUACGAGUACGAGCUCAAGCUCUUCACCGAGUAUCCCUGCGGCUCCGGCAACGUCUACGCCGGCGUUUUAGGAGUGGCCAAGCAGAUGUUUCAGGAUUGCCUCAAGGAGCCCGGCAAAGUCAUCUCGUCAGGGUAUAAGUACCUCGAAUACGAGAAGUGCCACGGCUCCAACGAGUGGCGCCUCCUCGGCGAGCUGUUCACCGAAAACGUCCGCUUCUUCCGAGAGCCGCCCUCGGCGGAGACAAUGCCACAGCAGUACCUCGACAGCAACUGCGCCAUGCCGCCCAGCCUCCUGCUCAGGGCCGUGCCGCCUACGCGGGCCGUGAUGCGCAGGCGCAAAGCCUCCCCCGAGCCAGAUGGGGAGCUGUCCGGCAAGCUCACCGGCGAGGAGCAACAGCAGAGGCAGCACUGGUUGGCACAAAGCUCGGCCGGCGGGAUGUAUCCCUCCGGCAUGGCCCACUUGCCGACGUCGGCGGUGCCGGAGGGAUCCUUGCGCAACGACCCCUCGCCCAUCACGGCUCUGAAGAACGUGGCCGACACUUUGGGGAAUAAAGAGGUCAAUCCGGUGCACUCCACCACCGCCCGGCAAAACAGCGCCAGCCCGGCUUCGCCCGCCGCGUCCGGCCAACACCGCUUGGUGCCCCGCAACGGAGAGCCAGGCCAAGCGACGACCACUUCCUCCUCCUCCUCUUCUUCCUCUUCUUCUUCCUCUUCUUCCUCCGGAGCCCACUCUUCCGGGGGAGUGGAGCCGAGCGGUGCCCAGAGCGCCCCCGAUUCGUCGGGCGGUGCCGGCAGCGCCCCGCUGUGCUGCACCAUUUGCCACGAGCGCCUGGAGGAUACCCACUUCGUCCAGUGCCCUUCGGUGCCCGGGCACAAGUUCUGCUUCCCGUGUUCUCGGGAUUUCAUCAAAGCCCAAGGAGCCGCCGGCGAGGUUUAUUGCCCAAGUGGGGAGAAGUGCCCCUUGGUGGGCUCCAACGUGCCCUGGGCCUUCAUGCAGGGCGAGAUCGCCACCAUCUUAGCCGGAGACGUCAAAGUAAAAAAGGAGCGCGACCCCUGAAAAGAGCGGCGUCCGUCAGUCCGCCCAUCGUCCGGGACAGUGUGCCAGGGCUGAGCGCUCUUCAGUCGCCCUCUCCGAAUUCCACGGUGGCCGUGACUGGAAUGAGUAACUUACUCCCCGCCAGACGCCGGCACCCUUUGCUUGACACCCACGGUGGACUAGGGCCUUGUCUGUAUAUAAAUCUAUUUUUUAAAUAAUAAUUUCCAUAGCAAGCUGAUAUACGAAGCCGCGUCUUACGUUUAACCAAUCGUUUGUGUUGUUCUGUCGGGGCAAAGAAUCCGGAGAGUUAGAAAAUAUGAUUAUUAUUAUUUUUAAAAGGGCAGCUGUUUGUUUAUCCAAGUAUCCUACCCCAGGUUCAUACCAUCCUGUUAGGAUGCCCUGAGAAAAUAUGAUUUUUUUAAAGGGCAGCUGUUUGUUUACCCAAGUAUCCUACUACUCCAAGUUCAUCCCAUCCUGUCUUGUAUCCCCAAACCAAAACUCCCUUCCUCUUGUAUCUGUAUGUUUCCCUCAACUUUCCUUAUCCCAUCCAAUCCAUUGCCCACCAUCCUAAAACCAGUGUCUCCAUUCUACUGCUCCCCGAGCAUUGUGUGUUUUGUGUGUGUGUACAUAUAUAUAUAUAUAUGGGACUAAAUCUGUGCAACAUUUAUAUAUAUAUUAUAUAAUUGACAUGGGCCAACUUGGGUCCUCUAGGUGUUUUGGACUUCAACUCCCACCAUUCCUAACAGCCUCAGGCCCUUUCCUUUUACCCCUCGGCCGCUUAAGCGGCCGAGGGGUAAAAGGAAGGGGCCUGAGGCUGUUAGGAAUGGUGGGAGUUGAAGUCCAAAACACCUAGAUGGCCCAAGUUUGCAAAUGUCUGAUAUAUAGAUAUAUCAAGUCCAGAUUUCUGUUCCUAGCCAGUUUUGAUUCUCUUUUAUUCUGAGCAGGAAGACGAGUCGGAUGGGAAUCGCAUUUUUUGGAGAGGAGAGGGUCUGGGAAAAGACGGGAAAAGUGCCUCUUGUGUAGAUUUUUAUGUCCGAAGCGGAAGGUGGGUGGUUUCCUUUCCCCCGUACCAAAAGACUUCAGCGUGCACACCAAAAAAACGAAGAGGAAAAUUAAAAAAUAUAAGUGGGAGAGAUGAGAAGGAACGAAGGAGCAAUUGGAUGGGAAAGUUCCCAGUCCAGCACUUAAUCCAAAUGAGUCUGAGAGCAUCGCCCAUUCGUUUCAAUAGAACCAGUGCGGUUUUCAAUAGAGGGACCAGUUUCUGGCCUUCUACAUGUUGGACUUCCGACUCUCAAAAUCCCUCGAUUUGGGGCGUCUAGGAGCCAAAAUUGGCCGUCAAUUGGUAAUACAAUUCAGAGGCCAAAUCUUCAUCACUGGGGACAGACAAACGGAGCCUAGUUCAAAACGAGGCUAUUUAUCUUAAUUCCUAACCCCAAGCAAAAUCGAAGCCUCGUAAGGGAUGGGAUUCUGUCGCAAUAAAUCAAUCGGGAUUUUGACUAGGGAGGUGUACAUAAAUAAACGUGAUUCGGAGAGGCGGAGGGAUCGGAGACAGACAUAUAUAUGUAUAAAAGUCUGACUUGCGUGGUCCUCAAGCUGUGUUACGCACCAAGAGAGGGCUCUGUGUAUUUUGAAUAUUGCGAUGGUGGGGUUCAAGGCGAUGCAAGAAGAAGGAGCGGAUUUCCGCAUUAUAUGGAAAAGAGAGAACGUUAAGUUUGGGGUUCUUUUUGUAUUUCAUUUACUUGUCUCUGUCAAUAAACUUGAUUAUCUUUUUUUCUCAA